AUGGACGAAGAAGUCACUUUUCCCUUGUUCAAAAGACAGCGGUUAAUUAUGUCUGCUGAUAUCUCCGGCGAUGAAAUGGAUGAUGUCUCAAGCACUGCAAGUACAAAGGAGGAAGAAUCAUCUCGGAGUGAAACACCAACUUUCAGAGGGCGGAGUGGCAUCAGAAACAAAAGACAGAUGAAAAAAUGUAAACUGCAAUUUAAGUGUACAAACUAUUUGAAGGAGGACCAUGGGCAACCUUUGUUUGGAAUUCAAAUUAAUCUUGCAGUGAAAGAAACUGAUCCUGUCUUAUUUGCUACUGUAGGACACAACAGGGUAACCAUCUAUGAAUGUCAUGAUGGUGGAAAAAUCAAGCUCUUACAGUCUUAUGCUGAUCCUAGUACAGAAGAAAAUUUGUACUGCUGCGCUUGGUCAUUUGAUGAUGCCACAGGACAACCAAUUCUGGCAGUCGGGGGUGUCAGGGGCAUUAUCCGCAUCAUCAGCCCAACUGUGGGGCAGUGUAUAAAGCAAUUCAUUGGUCAUGGCAAUGCAGUGAAUGAGUUAAAGUUUAAGCCCAGAGAUAACAACUUGCUUUUGUCUGUCAGUAAAGAUCAUGAUCUGAGAAUAUGGAAUGUAAAAACUGGAGUGUGUGCAGUCAUAUUUGGGGGAGUUGAUGGGCACAGAGAUGAGGCUCUAAGUGCUGACUUUAACUUGAGCGGCACCAAGAUUGUAUCAUGUGGUAUGGACCAUUCCCUAAAAAUCUGGAAUUUAGAAACACCAGAAAUUAAAAAGGCAUUAGAAGACUCCCACAGUUACAGCACCUCUAAGAGUUCUCAACCAUUUCCAACUGAGUCAUGCCACUUCCCAGAUUUUUCAACACGAGACGUACACAGAAACUAUGUAGAUUGUGUUCGCUGGCUAGGUAAUCUGGUUUUAUCAAAAUCCUGUGAGAACUGCAUUGUUUGCUGGAGACCUGGUAGCCAUCAUGACUCUCCCAAAGUGAAAGAUGACAAAGAGUGUGUCUGGGUGCUGCACAGAUUUGAGUACAAGGAGUGUGAGAUCUGGUACAUGAGGUUUUCCCUGGACUACCACCAGCAGGUGAUGGCUCUAGGAAACCAGGUGGGUCAUAUCUUCGUCUGGGAUCUGGAUGUUGAUGACCCAACACAAACCAAGUUUGCUAAACUGUCCCAUCACAAGUGUAAUUCAGCAAUUCGUCAGACUGCCCUCUCCAAGGAUGGAAACAUUCUCUUGGCUGUCAGUGAUGAUGGUAGUAUCUGGAGGUGGGACCGCAUCAAGUGA